AUGAUGAAGAGCCUGGUGGGGAUCAUGUGGAUAGUGUUGGUGCUCAUAUCAGGAUGUUCAGGAAAUCCAGAUGCGAAGCGACUGUACGACGACCUCCUGUCGAAUUACAACAAGCUGGUUCGUCCAGUGGUCAACGUCACAGACGCCCUCACCGUUAAAAUCAAGCUCAAACUCUCGCAGCUGAUCGAUGUAAAUCUCAAAAAUCAAAUCAUGACGACCAACCUAUGGGUGGAGCAGUCAUGGUACGAUUACAAGUUAAAAUGGGAUCCAAAGGAAUAUGGUGGGGUGGAGAUGCUGCACGUGCCAUCCGAUCAUAUAUGGAGGCCCGAUAUAGUUUUGUACAACAAUGCCGACGGUAAUUUCGAGGUGACGCUGGCAACGAAGGCGACGCUGAAUUACACAGGGAGGGUCGAAUGGAAGCCACCGGCCAUAUACAAGUCUUCCUGCGAGAUCGACGUAGAAUAUUUCCCGUUCGACGAGCAGACAUGUGUCAUGAAGUUCGGCUCGUGGACUUACGAUGGCUUCCAGGUCGAUCUUCGACACAUCGACGAGAUCCAUGGCAGCAACGUCGUCGAAAUCGGCGUCGAUCUGACGGAGUUUUACACUUCCGUCGAGUGGGACAUCCUCGAAGUCCCAGCCGUGAGAAAUGAAAAAUUUUACACGUGCUGCGACGAGCCCUACCUCGACAUCACGUUCAACAUCACCAUGAGACGGAAGACUCUAUUUUACACCGUCAACCUUAUAAUACCGUGCAUGGGCAUCUCGUUUCUCACGGUGUUGGUCUUCUAUCUGCCAAGCGACAGUGGCGAGAAGAUCAGCCUAUCAAUUUCGAUUUUACUGUCGCUGACUGUGUUCUUCCUCCUGCUGGCCGAAAUUAUCCCGCCCACAUCGCUCGUGGUACCGCUUCUCGGUAAAUUCGUCCUUUUCACCAUGGUCCUAGACACCGUCAGUAUAUGCGCAACCGUGUUAGUCCUCAAUGUUCACUUCCGGUCGCCACAGACGCACGUGAUGGCACCGUGGGUCCGUCGUGUUUUUAUCCAUGUUCUGCCAAGACUACUGGUGAUGCGCAGGUAUAAUACGUCUUCGAAGAGAUCCGAUUACGAUUCCAGGCCGCAGUACCAAAUAGACAAACGUAGCAUGGGUGGCCAUCACAGUCAACGAAUGAUGGUUAGAACGUGCAAUGGUCUCGAAUUACGAGAUCCUUCUCUCUUUGUAGAGACUUCGGCUUCGGAGUUGGUCGAAUCCUCCGUUCUGUUCCCGAGUCUCGAUUCGCGGGACGAAUUACACCCUCGGGAAUUGGAAGCUGUGAAUUUAGGAAGUGCGUGUCGCAUUCACGGUUCACCAGCGGCCACGGCUGCUCCUCCACCGCAACUGCUGACCGAGGAGAGCGUGGACGCUCUCUGUAACACUCUUCAUCAUUGGCAUCACUGCCCAGAACUGUAUAAGGCUAUCGAAGGCAUUCGUUUUAUUGCUGAUCACACAAAGAGAGAAGAGGACUCUACCAGAGUCAAAGAAGAUUGGAAGUACGUCGCGAUGGUGCUUGACAGGUUAUUCCUGUGGAUUUUUACACUAGCCGUGCUUGUCGGUACAGCAGGAAUUAUCCUGCAGGCGCCAACACUGUACGACGAUCGCAUUCCCAUUGACGUGCAACUAUCUAAGAUUGCUUCCACCACUGCCAAGCCACACAUCGUCACGAGUCUCUGAGAGACAAUUGUUCAAUUUCGUUACUUUCACGUACGACGCAUGCUCACAUACACACACAUGCGUUUACACAUCCACAUACAUAUACAUUGUCUUACGAAACAACGUAAGAACAAAUAUGAAAUGCGUUCACGUUGACCAGGGACUCUUUUUGAAAAUGGUACUUAUAGGUUGUACAGAAAAUCUGUUAAUAUUAAUUGACACCGAUAACCUCCGAUCACCAUUUUGUUAAAUUUGAAUGACCUAACA